AUGGAAGAACGCCACCACGUUGUGGACCGGGCAGCCAACGACCCCGUUUGGUCAGAUCAAUUGACGAAGUACGAAACAGUACUCGAUCGAGAUGGAUUCGACUUGACAACACCAUGGAUGUCUCGGCGCAGAAAAUUACUGUUCUUGAUCUGCAAGAAACUCCUUCUGGCACGGAAACCGCUCGAAACACGCCGCAACCUCUUCUGGACCAACUCUCCAGCAUUCCUGACUCAGAUGAUGCCGUGUGUGUCACUCCCCACGUUGCCGUCGUUUUCUCGCUGA